AUGUGGGCUGUUACAUGGUGUUGUGCUGCCUUACUUACGCUCGUCACUAAAGCUGGCGCUGCGGAUGAAAUUACAUCUUUCGGAUGUAGAGACUCAUUGAUUUCGGAUGAAUGGAGAACGAUGGUUUUGAAAUAUCACAACGAUAAGCGCAGAAGUGUAUCGCGUGGGGACGAACCAAACAAAACCGGAACUUUGAAACCUGCUAAAAAGAUUAAUGAGCUGACAUGGGAUUGUAACUUGGAACGUACUGCAAAUGAAGGAGCUGCCAAAUGCGCAGACUAUGCUGAUAAUCAACUUGGAGUCAAUCAAGAGACCAUUUCUACUUCUUCUAACUGUAAUAUUACGGAAGAAACUGAAAAAGUGCUCAGUAAAUGGUGGAGCGAAGUAACGACAAACGGUUUAGCAGACGAUCUGAAAUACAAGGCUGAUUCUGGUAUUCAACACUUUGCAAAUAUGGUAUUCUUCAAUACAAACGCCUUCGCAUGCAGCUACACUAAUUGUAAGAAUGGACUGAAACUACUUUGCUUAUACAACAAAAAUGGCAACCAGGUCGAUAAGAAAUUGUAUUACGCAGCUGCCUCUAAAGACGUUGCGUGCGACAACUGUGACGCAAACGUUGAAUGCGUGAACAUGCUUUGCCAACCGCCAUUUACCCUAUCAGCUGAUAACCCAUUGACAUGCGCCGAUGAUGCAAUGACGAACGAUAUGACAAACACGGCUUUGUAUAUGCACAACUACUACAGAGGGCUCUUGGGAUCUGGAUGGGCAGAAGACAAAAUUAGAACGUAUGCACUACUGCCAAAGAAGAUGCCCCAGUUGGAGUAUGGCUGUAGCGAUCUUGGUAAAGAGGCAGCAGAAAGAGCUGCGGCAUGCAAAGAAACUCCUGAUGAUCCCACCGAUGCAACACGGUCCCAGAAUUAUCAUGUGAUCAACGACGUUCAAAUCGAUAAACAGGAUGCCCUUAAACAGGCGAUUUCCGCAUGGUGGAAAGAACUUGCUGACGUAGGGCUUGGUGAAGACACUAAGUAUAAAGCCGCGAUGAAGGACACGCUUGGACAUUUUGCUAAUAUGGCUUAUGAUCAGACAACGAAAGUUGGAUGCAGUGUAGAAACGUGCUCGAAGCCGGGAUUCACUUUGGUCGUGUGCCAGUACGACAAGAAAGUUGACAAUGGGAAAAAUAUUUACGAGGCUGCUAAAAGUGGCGAUGCAGCGUGCUCGGGCUGCACCGACAAAAACAGGGUAGCGCAGUCAGUGAGGAAUUCCGCUGUUUGCACGAUCAAUCGGAGGUUCGACUCCGCCCUAGCGCUCACCAAACCCUCUGGAUCAAUAAAGCCUGUUUUGUUGUUAUGUAGCACUCCUUAG